AACAUCCCACCCCGGAGUCUUGGGAAAGGGGUCACAUUUCUCACUCCUUGUUUGAGGAAAUGCAGCUCCGGGUAGUUUUCCAGAGCUGGAGGACCACAGAUCCCAUUUAGAUACCGGCCCCUCCUCUGGGAUCAUGUGCCUGAAUCCAGGCAAUUGCAAAGGGAGUGGCUGUGAACCAAGAGGCUACAGGAGCAGAAGGGCAUUUGAGUAUAUUGUGGGCUCAGAGGCAACAUGGCAGGAGAAUUCACGGGGAAAGAGUUUUACGAGGAAAAAUUCUGCCCAAAAAAUUAUUUAAACAUGUAUUUCUCUUUUGAGUCUGGUGACUCUCUGAAUUGCGGAACUGCAUUCGCUAUCAUUCUGGACAAGCUCCACAAGGUAUUCGCUAAAGGUGGCAUCCGAGGAGACACCUUGAUCGAUAUUGGCAGCGGCCCGUCCAUCCACCAGCUCCUUUCCGCCUGUGAGUCCUUCAAAGAGAUCAUCGUCAGUGAUUUCCUUGAGCAGAACCAAGAGGAGAUGAAGAAGUGGCUGAAAAAAGAUCCGGAAACUUUCGACUGGGCCCCGGUGUUGAAAUAUGUUUGCCAGCUGGAGGGAGACAGGGAGAAGUGGAUGGAAAAGGAGGAGAAGCUCAGGAAGGCCAUCAAGCAAGUCCUGAAAUGUGACGUGACUUUGGCCAACCCUUUUGACCCGGUGGAGAUCCAUCCGGUCGACUGCAUCCUCUCCACUUACUGCAUAGAAGCAGCUUGCAAAGAUCUCGACACUUACCGUUCAGCCAUGAAGAAUGUGGGCUCUUUGGUCAAACCUGGGGGACACCUCAUCUUGGCCGUAGCUCUUGAAGAAACCUUCUACAUGGUGGGACCACACAAGUUCUCCUCCCUUUACCUGACACCAGAAGUGAUUAGAGAUGUUCUGAAAGGGGCUGGCUUUGAUAUUGUGUCCUCUGAGGUCCACCUGCAUGGUAUUAUGUUGCCUAUCUCAGAUGUCAAAGGCACAUUGUUCCUAGUGGCCCAGAAGCCCCAUGAGACCCAGUGAGUUAGUGAAAAAGGAAAGCAGCUGACCAAAUGUAAGCCAUAAGUCAGUGGUUCUCAACCUGUGGAUCCCCAUAUGUUUUGGCCUUCAACUCCCAGAAAUCCUAACAGCUGGGAAAAUUGCUGGGAUCUCUGGGAGUUGUAGGCCAAAACACCUGGAGAUACACAGAUUGAGAACCACUGCCAUAAGUGAAGCCCAUUCUUCAGGUCUGUGUCAGAAGCAAAAAUCAGGUGAUGAAGAAAACAAAAUGACUACUUUUGAGAACCUUAUACAGAUGGUUAUGAAUAGGAUGGUAACCAGGGGAAAAUGAUUAAAUACUUAAACAUACUGAGGUAUAAAUAUGUUGUUGUUGUUCAUUCGUUCAGUCGUCUCCGACUCUUCGUGACCUCAUGGACCAGCCCACGCCAGAGCUCCCUGUCAGCCGUCACCACCCCCAGCUCCUUCAAGGUCAGUCCAGUCACUUCAAGGAUGCCAUCCAUCCAUCUUGCCCUUGGUCGGCCCCUCUUCCUUUUGCCUUCCACUUUCCCCAGCAUAAUUGUCUUCUCUAGGCUUUGCUGUCUCCUCAUGAUGUGGCCAAAGUACUUCAACUUUGUCUCUAGUUUCCUUCCCUCCAGUGAGCAGUCGGGCUUUGUUUCCUGGAGGAUGGACUGGUUGGAUCUUCUCGCAGUCCAAGGCACUCUCAGAACUUUCCUCCAACACCACAGCUCAAAAGCAUCAAAUAUAUUCAAUAGUAUUCCUGUAUCUUUGUAUUAUGUACUGAGAAGUCAAGAGUAGAGAUUCUUAGAAGGGAAUGGGAAGGGGAUGGGAUGGGAUGGGAUGGGGGAAAAAUACUUGUAUUUUGAUUGUUGAAUUUCGAAGAUUGAAUGUUGCUCUGUAUGUAUAUAUAAUUUUAAAACUUUCCAAAAAAAAAAGAAGCAAAUAUCAGGUAUUACCAAGGAGGCUUAGGUCUCCCAUGUCUGUGAAUUGGUGAAUCAAGUCAAGGUUUUAAUCUGCAUUUUAAUGAGGCCUCCCUGGUGCUGAAGCUCAUUCCUAAGUAACUCCAGGACCUUGGAGAGCUCCAUUAAAACUAUCCAAAACCUGGAAGGGAUUCACUGACCACCUAUUAGGGAGUCGAUACUACCAAUUGUUUUUUGGAGAUGACAAUUUUUAGAAAAUACCAAUGGCGACGUUGUCUUGGGGGUUCUGGGAUUUGUAACACUUAGAAAAGUAACCAUUUUCCAAAACCAUAUCAAGGGCGACAGGAAAACAGAUUUCAGGUUAUGGAAUAUAUGUUUGUGUGUGUUGUCAUCUAUCUAUCGAUCUCUCUAUCUUCAGUUAGCUCUUGCAAGCAUGUAAUGUUAAAGAUGCCUUCUUGG